GCGGCUCCGAGCGCUCGCAGGGCAGCGGGAGGCGAGCGGCCGCCGGUCCCCGGGCGGAGGGAGGCGAGGCGAGCGUGUGUCGGCGGCCGCCAUCCGCCUGGCGAAGGGAGAGGCACCCGCCGGCAUGGGGCAGCGCGGGGAGAGGGCGCCGUGCCCGCUCCCGCUCCUCCUGCUGCUGCUGCUGCUGCUCGCUUUCUGCAGAGGACGUAUUGUGAGAGUGCCCAAAAGCCCUCUUAUUCGAGUCGUGGGCACGGAGGUGGUGAUCCCUUGCAGCGUUAGUGACUACGAUGGACCCAGUGAACAGAACUUUGACUGGGAGUUCUCCCGGGCGACUGAUUUCUUGAGGAUAGUGAGUACCUGGGAUUCUACGUUCACCUCUGAGGAGUACCAAAAACGUGUGGGCCGCGGGGAUAUCAAACUGAGACGGAGCAGCAACGAUGCUGUGGAACUCGUGAUUAGAAACAUCCAGCCAACUGACCAAGGGAUAUACAAAUGCUCCACGCCCAGCACUGAUGCCACCGUUCAGGGAAAUUAUGAUGCUGAGGUCCAAGUGAAAGUGAUUUCUGAUGGCUUAUCAGUGAGUGGUUCAAAAGCACGUUCCUCAGCAUCUCUCAAGCUGUCUGAGGGCGACUCUUUCAAGUUACGCUGCUCAGCAAUCACCACCUCACCAGAGCACACUCACCUACAUGUGACUUGGCAGAUCAAAAGUGGAUUGUCUUGGCGGGACAUCCUGUCUUUAACUCAUGAAGGCAAAUUCCAGCCCGGCCCUGGCUACGAAGAGCGCUACCGUAAUGGAGAUAUCCGCUUGGACACAGGAGCAAAUGACACGUAUCGAUUGUCUGUGUCCCAGGCCUCGUCAGCCGAUGGGGGUGUCUACAGGUGUCUUGUGAGCGAGUGGGUGAGAGGGGCAGACAGCUUAUGGCAGAAGAUCCAAGAGAAGAGCGUGGAGAUAGCAAGUGUGGAAAUCCAACGGACCGCUCUAGAUGUGCUCAUCUCAACAAGCAAUCUGUCUGUAACUGAAAGAGACUCCCUGGAUCUUACCUGCAACAUCACAACAGACAGGAGUGGUAUUUUCCAAGCUGAAGUGACGUGGUAUUUCUCUGAGUCACCCGAUGAUACUUUGUCAGAUGCUCAGGUUUUGUUGAGCAUGGACCAUGAUUCUGUUGUCAGCGAUUCAACUCUUAUCAGUCUGAGCCAUGUAGAUAGGAACUCCUAUCGCCUGUUGGUGCGUGAUGUGGAUGUGGAAGACUCUGGGUACUACUUCUGCCAAGCAGCUGUCUGGGUGCCCCUGCACAAUGGGAGCUGGCACAAAGUGGUGGAGAGGACAUCUGCACCGGUCAGUGUGGUGGUGACAGCAUUAGAGCCAGAUUAUGAGGUGUUUCUGAAUGCUUCCAAAACACCCAAGUUUUCCGAUGACCCCACAGAGCUGGAGUGCAGGAUCACAAAUGUACAGGACACCGAGGCAGACAUCCGCUUCUCAGUUUCCUGGUACUACAGGCGGCACGUGCUCAGUGACGAUGUGGUGGCGGAGGAGCUCCUGGCCACUAUGGAUGCAGACUGGACUCUGCUGCUUGGGGACAGGAGCAGAGAGAGGACUCAAAAUGGGGAAAUAAUCUUCUCCAAAAAGGCUUUUGACACCUUCAGUUUACGGAUCCAGUGGACUUCAGAAAAUGACAGAGGGGAUUAUUUCUGUGUCGUCUCUGCGUGGAGUCGGCACCGCAACAACAGCUGGAUAAAGAGCAAAGAUGUGACUUCUGCUUCUGUCCCCAUUUUUUGGGCUACACAAGAUUACAUGCUGACGGUGGAGGCGGUGAAACUGAAGCCGUUCUUUGUGGCAGGCCACACCUUUGAGAUGACGUGCAAAGUGUCUUCAAAAAACAUCAAGACGCCACGCUAUUCAGUCCUCAUUACAGCAGAGAAACCGCUGGCAGAUCAGUCAAAUCCCAAUGGAACCACUCGCAUAAUUUCCUUAAACCAGGACUCGGUGGUGCGGCUGGAAGACUGGACGGACCAGACUCGUGUGGAUGGUGUGGUUCUGGAGAAGGUCCAGGAGAACGAGUUCCGCUACAGGAUGUAUCAGACCCAGAUUUCAGAUGCUGGGCUGUAUCGCUGUGUGGUCACUGCCUGGUCUCCGGGUGGUGGUGGCAUGUGGCGUGAAGCAGUGAAUGGCUUGUCCAACCCUAUCCAGAUAGACUUCCAGACAUCAGGUCCUGUGUUUAAUGUCUCGGUGCAUUCUGACAAUCUGACGAUUUACCAAGGUGAACUGGCAGAUUUGCUCUGUAUCAUCACAACAGAUGGAAUGACACUAGAGCCAGAUGAUAUGUCCUUUGAUGUCUCCUGGUUUGCUGUGCGCUCCUUUGCGUUGGACAGAGAGCCCGUCUUGCUGGCCUCGGUGGACCGGAGAGGGAUCGUGACACAGAGCAGGAGAAAUGGGAGCAGUGAUCUGAGCCUGGAGAGAAUCAGCCCACUGGAAUUCCGUCUCCGCAUUCACAGCUGUGAGGAUCACGACUUUGGGAACCACUACUGCGUAGUCACCCCGUGGGUACGCUCUGCCACUGGUGCAUGGCAACGGGAACCUGACAUCAAAGCCAAACCCAUCUUUCUAUCUGUGAAAAUGGAUGUUCUGAAUGCUUUCAAGUAUCCCCUAUUGAUUGGCAUUGGUCUGGCCACUGUCAUUGGACUCUUAUCCUGCCUCAUUGGCUACUGCACCUCCCGUUGGUGCUGCAAGAAGGAAGUACAGGAAACAAGACGAGAGCGUCGCCGGCUGAUGUCGAUGGAGAUGGACUGAGUAUGGGAGCCAGGCACACUUGCGUUUUGGGAGAGACUCACAGGGCUCUUGGACUGUGCUGAGACACUCAUUCACAGGCCCAGACGAGACAGGGCUUUUCCUCUCUGUUUUCAGCCUGGACCUCAAGCUCCUCCUUGUUACACUUUGUGUCCUGAGAGCUUUCAGGCCAUAUCUAGUGACUCAGAGUUCUCCUUUGUCCAGCAGCACUUUCUACGUAGAGAUCAUGUCCUUCUAAUUUACAAACUGUUGAGCCUGCUUUCAGCAGGGCCCUGUGACAAAAAUUCACUAUGUGUUUUUUGUUUUUAUUUUAUUUUAUUUUAUUUUUUUUUUGCCCCUCUUGGUUUUGAAAAGAUCUUCCACUAUGAAAACAUGUUGAGGAGUGUGGUGUGCAGGAAGGGACUGGUGAAAUCGUUAGACUUUAAUUGUAUUAACCAAUCUACUCUUCCCCUCUACCCCCACUGCAGCAUUCUGUCCACUUUUUCUCUCUGCCUUGAUAUCUCAGACUUCUUUGUAUUGCUUGAAGGCUGGAGAAGGGUAUUCCACUGGAGUCUCAAGAGGCUGUUCCAGAAAAUAAUUGAUUUUUGGCUGUCAGCGUACCUUCUCUUCUCCACCUUUCAAAGAAUUUACAAUUAAUCUGAAAACAAAAUUUGCCUGGAGGUCUUUGAGAUGCUCUUCUUAAGGUUUUAUUGGUUUGGGUUUUUUUUCCCUAAUUUUCAGUGCUCAAAGCUCUUAUCCGUGGUGAACAGGGGCUAACUUAGCAACCCUGAAGAGUCAAUCCUCAGACAAGCGUUUGUUGGAUGGCUGCUUGCAGUCACCUUCUCCCCAACCCUUCUACCUUCUUUUCUCCCCACUACAGCUGCUCACGACGUGCCUCAAACACUGUUCUGCUUGUGGCAGGGGGGCAACAUGGUGUCAAGAGGCAAGGCCCAGCCCUUGUUGGCCUUGUCAGAGAGGUAGAAAACCUUGCACUACUGAUGCAGUGUGAUUCAUGAAAAAAAUGAGAUGGAUCUUUUUGUGCAGUGGACCAACUGAUCACAUUUGGAGACCUGUAAACUGUUACCAAGUACACAGACCAGAUUCCAGCACUACUUCUGCCAGUUGCUCAGGGUAGGAAUAUGAGCAAGCCCAAGAAGGCAGCAAAAACCCUUCAGGUUCCCAUGAUCCUGGUCUUGUUGCAUAGCCUGCAGUGAGGAUUUCUCCAAGAGGUUGAGUAUCGUGAGUCCUGCUUUGGUCUUCCACUUUCACUGACCUGGCUCCUGGUGGGGAGCAACUUCUUUUCCAGGCAGUUCUGUCUUUCCAGCACAGCUGGUGUUCUAAGCAAUAAAAGUCAGAAUAAAGGUACUGUGUAUAAGGAGGUAGGACUGUACUACAACCAGACAUCACAGUGAGGGUGUAGCUUGCAUCAGGAAGAGUGGGAAAUGUGGAUAAGGCUAGGGAUCAAUUCCUUACUGAUGGAUUUUUUUUUUAAUUAUUGUUAUUUUUUUUUAGGAUAAAAUGAAAGAUGUUGGAGGAUGGCAUCCACAGAAAGCAGUGGUUGUGGUAUGCCAAUCUAGACACUAGCUAUGUACUAGACAAUCAUUGUCACUAGUAGCUCAUUCCAGUAUAUAUACCUGGGGAGCUGCAGGUCUAAUAUCUGUGCUACAAUGACCUCAGUUCACAUUAGUUUGUGAAACCUUUAACUGAACCACUCAACACUGCUGCUAUUCCAAGACUAUUGCAGUAAGAUUGAUGUUGUUUUUUUUGUGUCUUCUGUGAUGACCUUUUUUUGAGGUUGGUGUGAAGGUUUUUCUAGAAGGCUGUCUUCUGCCUCCAGCAUGUGAACGUGCAUGCAGUCACAUUGUAGGUGGGUUAACUUUGGCUUUGUAUACAUACACACACAGGUAUCUAAUGAUUUUUGGGAGCUGAAUGUGAGACAUCUUUAACGUGAACUUGAUUUGCAGAGAUGAGGCUUGCAACUCAUUAUUUCACUGCUUGAUAUUUCAUGUGGAUUUCCAAAGCUGUGACACCUAUGAACUUCUAGAGGACUUUGACCAAAACAUUUAUGGCAGUUUCUUUUUCUGGCCCAGUGUUUUGUUUUGUUUUUUUCUCUUGAAGAGCUCUGAAAGGGCCUGUGUUGCAGACAGAUGUUGCUGCCUCUGUUGAGGAAUGAGGCAGAAGCAGUCUCCCCUCCACUGUGACAGCCCAAAAAUCUUUAGGGAUGCUUUCCAAAGAAAGGAUGUUGAAGAAAUAAUUUACUCAUAUCACUUUUGACAGUAACAUUUUUCUUCUUCUCACUCCUGGCUACUGUAGUGAAAUCUUUCUUUUCCUUGGCCAUUAUGGAACACCAUACGGACGUCUGGGAUGCUGGCUGUCCUUCCCGCACUCAUCUAAGUAGCUUCUUCCCUGCAUUAACAUCUGCUUUCUUCACAGAAGGCUUGUGGAAUCAGGGCGUCUUGGUUUUGGGGGCUGGUAGUGAUGGUGAAGUUCAAAGCACAGCAUCAGUCGCUUGCUGUCCUAGCAGACUUGCUGUCCUAGCAGGCUGACUCCUUGUUUAUAUGCUCUUGCUUAAGUUUUAGGGAAAGAGGGUCAUGAUUGUAAUGCAAUAAUUAGGGAAUGAGUGAGCAGGGACCUGACAGUUCUUCCCAAGCACACAACGUAGCACACUUUUAUCCCUGCUGGAAAAAACUCAGGGUUAUUUUGGUCAGGGCUCCCUGCUUCUACUGUGGAAGGUCUCUGUGUCCUCAGCCAAUGCUGACCUUCCUUCAUGGCCGGUAACAAUCCUUGUCAUUCCAAGUGAAGCAAGUUCCCUACUAGCUCAUACUGCUGCCAGCCCCUUGGAAGGCAAUGCUGCAUCCCCUUACACUCUGUAUUUGCUGUAGUUGGAAGGCUAGAAGCUGAGGGGCGAGGCUUACCCCACAGGUUUCCUUCUACUUGUGCCAAUUUUGUAUUAUCCCUUUUUUUAAAAUAGAGUGGGAAUCUUGUCUCCAAUGAAAAAAGAAAAAAAAAAAAAAAAAAAGAUUUUUGGUCACUUUCAUGUUUUUUAUUAUUGUUUCCUGUGUGAGUGAUGGUGUGCGUGCACCUGAUUGUGUAUUAAACCUGCAAAGUAUCAGGAGAGUAAGCUGCCUGAGAUGCAUUGCAAGCAUCCAUAUCCUCUCAGCUGCAACCUGUGGUAUUGUCUAAGUAUCCUAAGGGCUCGUGUUGAUAUUCCUCUGUUCAAAUUGCCACAUCUCCUGGGUAAGCCGGUAAAUUCCUCCAGGCACUUGGAAUUCAAUCCAGAACAAGCUUGAGCAUAUAGCAGAAAGGCAAGAUGUUUGCUUUCUUUUUUUUUUUAUUUCAAAGUUACAAAACGAAGUGUUUGGCACAGUUCUGGAAUGCAGGUACCCAAUAGUUCUAACAAUGCUGUGUAAAAUGUUUCUUUUUAUGUUCAAAAUAAAGAACCUUUUUGAUUAA